AUUUCGUACUAAUUGAAAGCUGUCAUUUGUCAAUUUCGAUCUUUAAAGUGAUCGUAAUUUUAACUAAAAGCCAUUUUGUAACUAGUGUAUAAGUGAAAAUUAUUAAUAUGGCAACCGCCUUACUUGCUUUAACCGCAAGAGCGAUUAGACAUGUCCCAAAAAACGUUGGACAAACCUCUGCCAUGAGCAGCUACGCUAGAACUCUAAUUGGAAAAAGAGAAAUUGUGGGUUACGGAUUCAACGGCGAGCCAAGUUACGCCGACAGAGCAGAUUUUCCCUUACCAGCAAUUAGAUGGAAGGAACCAAACUCCGAUAUACUAGCUUUGAGAGAAAAGGAGAAGGGCGAUUGGAAGAAUUUGAGCAUAGAGGAAAAAAAAGCUUUGUACAGGGCUUCGUUUUGUCAGACUUUUGCUGAAUUUAAAGCUCCCACUGGGGAAUGGAAAUCCGUUAUUGGUUUAGGAUUGGUCAUAUUAUCCGGAGCUUUCUGGUUGUUUUACUUCUAUAAAGUUUUUGUUUACAGUCCUCUACCUGCUAGUUUUAACAAAGAAAAUAGGGAAGCACAAUUCAGACGUAUGAUUGAUUUGCAAGUCAACCCUGUACAAGGUCUGGCUUCCAAAUGGGACUACGAGAAGGAUGACUGGAAGAAAUAGAUUUUAUUGGGGGGAAAUUCCGAUACCUGUGAAAGGAUCGCUAGCGUUUGACAGCCACUAGCUUUUCUUUUUUUUAUUUAAAUAAAUGUUAGUUAUAAA